AUCCUUAUAAUCUUAAUCUGAUCUUGUGUAAACUUGAAUCUAAGGGAAUUGUGCUCAUUGCUUAUCUUGUUUACAAAUUUUACUGGACCUAAUGGUCUUCUAGCUGUUUACGUUGACGUUAUAUUUCUCUAUCCUUGAGUGUGUUAAUCAUACAGCAAUUCCUUCAGUCAUAUUUUAUAACUGUUUUGCAUGAAGCUUAGUGGUCAAUAAUGAUGAGGUUAAGUGUCGUGUUAGUUUUUUAGGGUAAGUCAGCUAAUAUUGUUAUGAGUACUCACUAAUUGAUUUGGUAUGGAAGCGCGUUAUGCAUAGCGAGCAGCCGCCAGUACCGGCGAGCACUGGUGCCUGAUGUAGAUUCAGGUCAGCAAAGGAUGAAAGUUAGCCCAAACAUUUAGUCACUAACCGUUGUUCUGAGCCAUGUAGGAAAUGGUGGACGCUUUUUAGCUGCUGAUCUAGAUGCUGAAGUCCUUUCGUGUUCUCAAGGUCUUGCAUAGUGGUGCACAUAUAUUCACUUGGUAUCAUAUAGUUAUUUUCUCCCAUGCAUUCUUCCUAGUUUCAUUAUGUUUCUCUUCUGUGUUUCCUUUCACUUAGGUAACGCAAACUUAUGUACUUGUGUGCAGAGCUCGGCUUUGAUUUGUUAGUCAAUAAGCUCUAGCUGAAAUUAGUGCUGAGUUAUCGCAGAAUGGGUUACUUUUCAUUCCUUGGAUGUUCAGUCUCUUUCCCCCGGAAUAGUGCCGUUUUAUUUAUGUCAUCAUCCUGAAUCUGUGGUUCUUUUCAUUCGCGAUUUUUUAUCCAUAUGUUGAGGCCCAACAGAUGUGCAGUGUCUAAGCACUCACCUCACUGAGAGUUGAGUAUUAUUUAUUCAGACAACGGGCGUCACUAGUCAGAGCUUUGGCAUCUCAAGCUAUUAAACCUAUGAAGGAGAUAAAUGCUCAUGUUGAUGGAGAAUCAUCCUUGAUUUCAGAGAAUAAGCAACGUGGCGAAAAUGGUAUUGUAUCACAGGAGUCAUCUAUAGCUCUGACUAUUUUACAUAAUCGCACCAAGUAUAAUCUGACUUUCUCACCAUCUACAACUAUUGCUGAAGUUAAAAAGACCUUGGAACCUUUAACACAUGUUCCUGUCGAUAUGCAAAAACUUAUUUUCCGUGGAAUGUUAUCAGAUACUGCCAGACUUGAAGAGUUAUCUUUACCUACUAAAGAUGCUAAGCUAAUGCUGAUUGGUACAAAACCUUCUGAAGCAGAACAAAUACGCUUAUCUGAAGCAAAUAAUCAUGUCCAAGGGGAUGAUAUAUCGGAUGAAAGUCGAUCAGAUGCAACACUGGACUGGUCUGAACAAAAUGAACAUAAACAAGUUUUAGAACGCUAUGGGAAACCAGAAAAUGCAAUGAUCGGAAUACUGAAUACAGAAGAAAUUCUAGAUCCUAAUGAAUGCUUGGUUGGUCUUUGUGAUAAACGUGGGCAAGCAUUAAGGCUAAGAAUUAAACCAGACAGUGGAGAGUUAUGGUUGGCAACAAAAGAUGUAACUCAUAAAUUUCCACUAGCUACUAUUCAUGAUGUAAUUAGUCAACCGAUUAAAGGUCAUCCUGAAUACCACAUAAUGGCUUUCCAACUUGGUCCCACUCCGAAAUCCCGGUAUUUUGUGUACUGGUUGCCUUCUCAAUAUGUGGAGUCUAUUAAAACCAUGGUAUUACAGUAUAAAAUAAUUAAUUCUUUGAGUAAUGCAACAGGAACAAAUAAACCACUUUAAAAUUUGCAUUUUUAAUUGAUUCUCUGUAAUUAAUUAAUUGGUUAAUUAAUUAAUUAUUUUCCAGAUUUCAAAGAUUAAGCCUAAGUAUCAAUUGUCCAAAAAUUUUCUCAAAAUGCAUAUUAUCUCAUUUUUUUCCUUUCCUUUUGGAGAAAAUUAUCAGCCUCUAGAUUCACUUAUUUCCAUUAUCUUAAUGAGGCUUUAUUUUUCAUUCAAUACAGAAUUUCACUUUUGGUUUAUCACUUUAACUGUUGACACAAUAUAGCAGUGUACUUAUGUGAAUAAAGUCAAUAAAAUUAUGUACAAUGUGUCUAA